AUGGGGAUUGGGGAUAUCAGGACCAGAAGGGCAGCCACAGGCGCACUGGUCCUAGAGAUCCCCGGUCCCGAGGGACAGGCUAGGGCGGAUGCCCUGGCCAAAAGAAUGUCGACCCUCUUCACCGACAACAGGGACGUGCAAAUAGCGCGUCCCUCGCAGAGGGCCGAUAUCCGGGUCCGUGACCUGGACGACUCAGUCACCGCGGAGGACGUGGUCUCCGCGGUGGCGGUCGCCGGGGGUUGCGGGCCCGGAGAGAUAAGGGCCGGGGCAAUACGGCAGGGUGCGGACCGGAUGGGGACGAUAUGGAUCCAAUGUCCCCUUUCGGCCGCACGGAAGGUGGCGGGCGGAGGGCGACUCAAAGUCGGGUGGUCCUCCGUCCGAGAGCAGAGGAAACCGCGGGGGGCUGGGGCCGGCAAGGGAGUAGCCUCGCGGGAGAGGGGAAACCCCAACGAGGGUCCCCUUCCUGCUGGGACGAAAGGGGAGGGCCUGGAUGAGAGCGGUGCUAAGCCGUAA